AUGUCAAAGCCGUUAGCAAAAUGUGUCAAACAACAACCAACAAAAUUUACAAUCCACGGUUUUUUGCCGUGCAAUAAAACUAAUCCUCAACCAAACUCUUGUAUCGCACAUGAGCCGUUAAAAUGGGAACAUAUGAAAUGUGUUUCAAUGAUUGAUUUUGAUAAUUGUUGGUCGAAUUUGAAUAAUGAUGUUAACAACAUUAAUAGACUUCAAUUAUGGACUCACGAGUGGAACAAGCAUGGUACUUGUUCUUCGAUGUACCCAAAGGACUACUAUAAUUUGGCAUUUAAAAUUAACAAGGAUAAAGAUAUAAAGAGCUUCCUUCAAAACAAAGGUAUUCAACCAGGUGGUUUAAAACAGAAGAAAAGUGUCUCGAUGUACAAAG